AACUUGGAAACUUUCCACUACCGGGUUGGUUUUGCGCGGCGUGUUCCGGUGUAAAUUUAUUAAAACACUUUUCCCACUAUUUGUACAUCAACAAAUAAAUUUAGAGAACGCUUAUUAGCUGAACAGUUCAUUCAUUUGUUUCCUUUAGAACAGUUCCUUUACAUAAGUUUGGAAAGGGGGCACGCAAUCGCAUCCCAAACAGCUGCUGCAUAAGAGAAAUUUUCUAUUUCUGCAAUUUUCACGGAAAACUUAAGAGAAAACUCCGGCUACCGACCAAAGUACGAAGAGAGGAAAAUCUUUAAAUUAGCCUGGAAAUGUCGCAAAUCGUUAGUACAUCAGCAAAACUUUUAUCGUCAAGUGUAAGAAAGAUGGGAGUCCGUAAAGUAACGCACGUAAUCUUCGACAUGGACGGGCUGUUACUAGAUACUGAAAAACUUUACACGCAAGCGACGCAAAGAAUUCUGGAUGAAUAUGGCGACGGCCAGCUAUAUACGUGGGAAGUGAAGCUUUCUGUGAUGGGUAAUACCCACAAACAAGUAGCUGAGCGUAUCGUCCAAGAAUAUAAUUUACCAAUGACCUGGGAAGAAUAUUCUGCACUACAAAUAAAAUAUUGCCACGAACUAAUGCCUUAUGCAGAGAUACUACCUGGAGCUGCACGACUCGUUACGCAUUUGAAAAACCACAAUAUUCCAAUAUGUCUAGCCACAAGUUCUGGUGAGGAUAUGGUGAAAAUCAAAACAGCCCGACACAUGGACGUUUUCACUCAAUUCCACCAUAAAGUGUGUGGGUCAACAGAUCCUGAAGUGAAGUUUGGAAAGCCAGCUCCUGAUAUAUUUUUAGUAGCAGCCUCUCGAUUCGGUGACAAACCGCAACCGGAAGAUUGUUUAGUGUUUGAAGAUGCACCAAAUGGGGUGAAAGCAGCACGAGCCGCUGGCAUGCAAGUUGUCAUGGUUCCCGAUUCACGUGUUCCACAGGAGAUGCGGGAAGGGGCUACUCAAGUUCUGAAUUCAUUGGAGGAAUUUAAGCCCGAAGAUUUUGGAUUACCGGCGUUCUAAGCAUAGUAGCAAGAUAAAGUGCAAAAUAAAUUCCUGUGAAACUAUCGAGUUAGUACCGUAAUGUGAGAUGAAAGAAAUGAACGUACAAUUUUACUUUUGUGUGGUAAAUUUUGUUUUUCAUUCUUUUUAUGGAAUUUUACAUGACAUUCAUUGUCUUGUAGAAAGUGUAAUUUGUAAAUACAUUCAGAAAUCUUUAUUUUUAAAUUUUACGCCAUUGAAAGGCGAAUAAAUAUUAAAAGAAUAAAUAAAAUAUUUCAGCA